CGCACAUUCUCACGAGAUCACAAAAGCUAGCAUGCGCCGCGCUAGCCAGUUUUGUUCUUCUGUUUUACAUUGAUCGGGAUUUAUUAUCGCUAUGUCCGGAGGAACAAACCUCGAGUUUCCAGGGACAAGUCAGACCAGCUCCGGGUUCUCCGCACAUCGGAAAAAAGACAGCAGUCCUUCAGCCUGGUUCUGGGAGAGUGCUGAUACUUUAGCCCAGCUGGAGCCAGUGCGUCAGUGGAUCGGGAAGCACUACAAAAAGUUUGUGUUGUUGGACGCUCCAUCAUGUCAGACUCUGGCUGCUGUGACGCUGCAGCUGCUCCAGUUUCAAGAGGAUGCAUUUGGCAAACGAGUUCCAAAUCCUGCUCGCACCAAACUACCAACGCAGUGUUUCCUGGACCUGCGACCAGGGGGUGGACUGUGUCACAUCCUCGGCUCUGCUUACAAAUUUAAAGUUGAACAGGGCUGGCGAAGAUUUGACUUGCAGAAUCCAUCAAGAAUGGACCGGAAUGUUGAAAUGUUUGCUAUGAUUGAAAGAGCUCUAAUACAACACAACUGUAUGUCACAUCCUGUGGUUUAUCUGGACCCUUCACUGGAUCAGGCGUUGGCUAGCAGAAUUACUGGUGUCGUCACAAAGCAUCAGAGCACACUUACAAUGGAUAGAGUCCUGGCCAGUCACCACAUAUAUCCAUUCCCUGAAUCCACAGAUGAAGAUGAAUGGAUGCGUCCUGUCAUGCAAAAACAAAGCCAUGUCCUAGUCCAUUGGGGCAUGCACCCUGAUAGUUACGACAGCUGGUUGUCCUCGAGUGAAGUCGACGGCGAGGUUGAAGAGCCUCCACAUACAGAAAAACCAUGGAGGGUGCACGCUGGCUGGGUUUUGGACACCGACGAUUUCAAUGAGUGGAUGAAUGAGGAAGAUUAUUGUGUCGACGAGAGGAAUUUACCUGUUGUUCUCCGGCAGCGCAUUCAUCAACGAGACGAGCAGUGUCAGGACACUAAAUCCACUCCCUUUAAAAAGAGACGACGCUCUCCAUCUCCCCUGUCCUCUGAAGCUCGGAAGAAAGGCAAAAAAGGGAGACGACGUGGACAGCAGGAAGAGGAGCCAGAGGAGGACUUGACCAAAGAUAUGGAGGACCCCACUCCUGUUCCUAACAUGGAGGAGGUCAUAUUACCCAAAAUUGUCAACCUUAAAAAGGACAGUGAGAAUACUCCUGUCAAAGGAGGCAUUAUGGCCGACUUGGAUGAUCAGGAAGACGAUUUCCCUGGGAGGGAGGAUGAGGAGGGAAGAGGGGAGAUUCCUCGCCUAUUAGAAGGAGAAGAGAACAUCAUUGAACAAACCCAUCACAUCAUCAUACCAAGUUUUACAUCCUGGUUCAACAACAAUUGCAUCCACUCAAUAGAGAAGCGCGCCCUGCCGGAAUUCUUCAAUGGAAAGAACAAGUCAAAAUCACCGGAAGUAUACCUGGCCUACCGUAAUUUCAUGAUUGACACGUACAGACUCAACCCCCAAGAAUACCUCAGUUCAACAUCCUGCAGGCGGAAUCUCACUGGAGACGUCUGUUCUAUCACAAGGCUGCAUGCAUUUUUAGAGCAGUGGGGUUUGAUCAACUACCAGGUGGAUGCAGAGAGCAGACCACUCCCUAUGGGACCCCCACCCACACCUCAUUUUAAUGUACUGGCUGACACACCCACCGGGCUGGCCCCCUUACAGCACAGACCACUGCAGGUGACAGCCUCACAGCACAUGUUGACCUUCCCAGAAAAAAGCCGAGAGAAGCCUUCAGAUUGCCAAAACUUUGGCUUACGCAUGGAUGUUUAUGCCAGGAAACACCCAAAGACUAAAGGAGCGUGUGCAGGGCGGGAAUGGACUGAGCAAGAGACACUUUUGUUAUUAGAGGCCUUGGAAGUCUACAGAGAUGACUGGAACAAAGUAUCUGAGCACGUGGGCUCCAGAACGCAGGAUGACUGUAUCCUCCACUUCCUCCGUCUGCCUAUAGAAGACCCGUAUCUUGAAGACUCAUCUGCAUCUCUCGGCCCCCUGGCCUACCAGCCCGUUCCCUUCAGCCAAUCCGAGAACCCCGUUAUGAGCACCGUGGCCUUCUUGGCCUCUGUGGUGGAUCCGCGUGUGGCUUCGGCUGCUGCUAAGGCUGCACUGGAGGAGUUUUCUCAAGUCCAUGAAGAAUCUUUAAAUGGAAUAACCUGCAACCAGCUCAAACAAACUGACUCAGACGCAUCACAAAUGGAGAUGAACACCAGUUCCCAUCAGGUUUCUGUCAAUGCUGAUGGACUUUUGGUUGAAACGAGAGACCCAAUAAUGGAAGGAGAACGAGUCAAAAGAGAGAACACGGAGAACAUGCAUGCAGAGGAGAGAGACAUUAUGCAUAUAGGUAGAGCAAAUGACGAUGAUGUCGUGCACGGACAGGAUGCAGAAGCAGAUGAGGCGAGAGCAGUGAUGGAGCUGGAUCUGGUGGAAGGCACCGUUGCCACGGCAGCAGCAGCCGCUCUGGCCUCUGCUGCUACAAAGGCCAAGCAUUUGGCGGCAGUGGAGGAGCGAAAGAUCAAGUCUCUGGUGGCUCUGCUGGUGGAGACCCAGAUGAAAAAGCUGGAGAUCAAACUGAGGCACUUUGAAGAGCUGGAGACCAUCAUGGACCGCGAGAAAGAGGCUUUGGAGCAACAGCGGCAACAGCUUCUGACAGAGAGACAGACCUUCCACACUGAGCAGCUCAAGCAGGCUGAGAUGAAGAUUCGCCAGCAGAGGGAGCAACAAGGUCAGCCAGGCUUCACAAUGCAUUCAGGUCAGUCCGUAUCUAACCGCGUCACUCCCAGUGGAGGGCAUAUUCAAGCAAUGGCCCCACGACACCCCGGAGCACCCAAUGGCAUGUAUCCGUCCUCUCAGACUGAUGGUAUGACUGCAGCUCAGCCUGGUCUUCCGGCAUCAAGUCACAGCUGAACCCACAGUUGCUUCAAGUUUCUAUUAAACAGGACUCAGCUAGUGUGUGUGUGUGUGUGUGUGUGUGUGUGUGUGUGUGUGUGUAUAUAGAUAAAAAACGACAGCAUUGAUGGUCAGAACCUUCCCGAUUCCCCAUUCGUAGACUGGAUGCUUUGUGUGUGUGUGUGUGUGUGUGUGUGUGUGUGUGUGUGUGUGUGUGUGUGUGUGUGUGUGUGUGUGUGUUUGUAUUUACUCAAUGGCUCA